AUGAGUUUAAUGGAGAGAGAAACUGGGGUUUCUGUGGUUACCCUGUGGAUGAUCCUGGCGGUAUUCAUACUCCCUUUUUCAAGGAUCUCUGCCAAUAUGGAAGGUGACGCGUUGCAUAAUCUACGGACAAAUUUACUAGAUCCAAACAAUGUCCUGCAGAGCUGGGAUCCUACCCUUGUUAACCCCUGUACAUGGUUUCAUGUUACAUGCAACAAUGACAAUAGCGUUAUUAGAGUUGACCUUGGAAAUGCAGCAUUAUCUGGCCAAUUGGUCCCACAGGUUGGCCAACUUAAGAAUUUACAGUACCUGGAACUCUAUGGUAACAACAUAAGUGGACCAAUUCCUAGUGAUCUUGGGAAUCUGACAAACUUGGUGAGCUUGGAUCUUUACCUGAACAGUUUCAGUGGUCCUAUUCCAAACACAUUGGGCAGAUUGACGAAACUGCGCUUCCUCCGACUCAACAACAAUAGCUUGUCAGGUUCAAUACCUUUGUCCUUGAUAAAUAUUACUGCCCUUCAAGUUCUGGACUUGUCAAAUAAUCGUCUCUCGGGACCUGUACCAGAUAAUGGCUCCUUUUCACUAUUUACUCCCAUCAGCUUUGUAAAUAACUUGGACCUAUGUGGCCCAGUUACAGGGAAGCCUUGCCCUGGAUCACCACCAUUUGCUCCACCACCUCCAUUUAUUCCACCAUCAACCGAUUCUUAUCCUGGAGAAAGCAACCCCACUGGAGCAAUUGCUGGGGGAGUGGCUGCUGGUGCUGCUUUACUGUUUGCAGCCCCAGCUAUUUGGUUUGCAUACUGGAGGCGAAGGAGAUCACCAGAGCUUUUCUUUGAUGUACCUGCUGAAGAAGAUCCAGAAGUCCACUUGGGACAGCUCAAAAGGUUUUCUUUGCGAGAACUACUGGUUGCAACAGAUAGUUUUAGCAACAAGAACAUUCUUGGCCGAGGUGGAUUUGGUAAGGUGUACAAGGGACGCCUGGCUGAUGGCACAUUGGUGGCGGUAAAAAGACUUAAAGAGGAGCGGACGCCAGGAGGGGAAUUGCAGUUUCAAACAGAAGUAGAAAUGAUCAGCAUGGCUGUGCAUCGGAAUCUCCUGCGAUUGCGUGGGUUUUGCAUGACACCGACAGAACGGCUGCUUGUUUAUCCAUACAUGGCUAAUGGAAGUGUUGCAUCCUGUCUAAGAG